AUUAUUUGAAACACACAUAUAAUAUAUGUAGUUGAGAUUUCUUGGCAACAACAAAUCGCAGCUGAAUUUAUUUAAAAACGAGAAGUGUUCGAGACUAGUGCUCGGCUACAGCUAAAUAGCUAACAAUUACAAAAAAAAAAAACAGAUUUAAUUGCAUAUUAACGUAAACGUUCCCAGAAAGUAUUUGGUAAAGCGCAAUAAACCUAAAACGUGAUUGUCAUUGUCUGUGCGAGUGUCUUUUAAGUGCUAAUAUGCGCACUUAUAUUUUCGCCCUAUUGGCCCUGGUGGCUGUGGCACAAGCGGUUUCUUUUGCCGAUGUUAUCAAGGAAGAAUGGCAGACAUUCAAACUUGAGCAUCGCAAGCAAUAUCAGGAUGAGACCGAGGAACGUUUCCGCCUGAAGAUCUUCAAUGAGAACAAACACAAGAUUGCCAAGCACAAUCAGCUCUAUGCCGCCGGCGAAGUCUCCUUCAAGAUGGGCCUCAACAAAUAUGCCGAUAUGCUGCAUCACGAAUUCCACGAGACAAUGAACGGCUUCAACUAUACUCUCCACAAGCAGUUGCGUGCCUCGGAUGCCACAUUCACGGGCGUCACAUUCAUCUCGCCGGAGCAUGUGAAGCUGCCACAAUCGGUGGAUUGGCGCAACAAGGGUGCCGUUACCGGUGUCAAGGAUCAGGGACAUUGCGGCAGCUGUUGGGCAUUCUCCAGUACCGGUGCUCUCGAGGGGCAGCAUUUCCGUAAGACGGGCACAUUGAUCUCACUGUCGGAGCAGAAUCUGGUUGAUUGCUCCACGAAAUAUGGCAACAAUGGCUGCAACGGUGGCCUCAUGGACAACGCCUUCCGUUAUAUCAAGGAUAAUGGCGGCAUUGACACAGAGAAAUCGUAUCCGUAUGAGGGCAUCGAUGAUUCCUGCCACUUCAACAAGGGCACAAUUGGUGCCACGGAUCGUGGCUUCACGGAUAUCCCCCAGGGUGAUGAGAAGAAAUUGGCACAGGCUGUCGCUACAAUUGGUCCAGUUUCUGUUGCUAUCGAUGCCUCCCAUGAGUCGUUCCAGUUCUAUUCCACGGGCGUCUACGAUGAGCCACAAUGCGAUCCUCAGAAUCUGGAUCAUGGUGUUCUGGUCGUUGGCUAUGGCACCGAUGAGAACGGCAAGGAUUAUUGGCUGGUGAAGAACUCGUGGGGCACCACCUGGGGCGACAAGGGCUUCAUUAAGAUGGCCCGCAAUGAUGAUAAUCAGUGCGGCAUUGCUACUGCCUCCAGUUAUCCACUGGUGUAAAUCAACACAAUACAAUCCAACUGCACCUCAUCACUUUAAUUGUAAACAACAAUUUAUUCCAAUAUUGUAAGCAUCUCAAACAGUCAAAUUUGAAAUCAAUUACAUACUGGGCUCAUUUAACGAUCUGAAAAACUCAUCACAUUUGCUAUGGAUGAUUUGCCUUUUAAAGUUCAUGUAAAUCAGGCAUACAAUUUUGAUGUUUUGUAUAAAAUAAAAACGUAAUUUUAAAACCCAAAA